AUGCCACCACGAAAAUCGACAUCUUCAAUGCCAGCAACGGACAAUGAAGACCCCGGCAGUCCUACAAGUGCCGCAGCAGCAAGUGCACAGGUAACAGAACAACAAGCCAAAUCUCAAUCGGAUGGUAUUAGCGUGGAGGACCUGCUCUUACCACGAGCAGUAACACAGCGGCUCGCUAAAAGCGUCCUACCACCCGACACAGCGAUUCAAAAGGAUGCGUUACUGGCUAUUCAGAAGGCUGCUACGGUGUUUAUUUCGUAUUUAUCUUCCCACGCAAACGAAGCCACCCUCAAACGUACCCUUGCGCCCUCAGACGUCUUGAAUGCCCUCUCAGAACUCGAAUUCGACUCUCUUCGCCCCCAGCUCGAGCGCGAAUUGGACGCGCAUACAGAGGCGUUGGCGGAUAAGAAGAAAGCGCAGAAAGAUAGGAAAGCCGCUACUACUUCGGACACGCAGGCGGAGGCCAAAGAUGGAGGUGAAGCGGGUGGUGUCGUACCUGCGGCGGCGGGUGAAGAGAAGGAUGCCACGGCGGCAGGGACAUCGACGUCGUCAGUGAUCAAGGGCAAUAAGCGUAUCAAACGGGAUAGUGCUGGCAAUGAAAAGCAUUCGCCAGAUGAGACGGAGGUGGAUGAAGAUGAGACUGAAGAGGAAGAAGAAGCUGAACCUGAACCUGAACCUGAAGAAGAGGACGACGAUGAAGAGGUCGAGGAGGAAGAUGAGGACAAUGACACACAAGAAGUAGAGGAUCUUGAUCGCGUUGAAGAUUUGGAUGGGAAGAUGCAGGCGGAUUAUGAUGAUAGUGGUAGUGAUGAUGAUGACAACGGCCCGGCAGCACAACUCCGGGGAUUCGGUUAA